CGUAAACAACAAAUGCGAUUCUUGAGCUUGAUAGAUUUAUGAGGUUCGUUGUACUAGUUAUAAAUACCAGUCUACUCAUUGAUAAUUAGGUAAAGAUGACCCAGUCGAGUACCGAGGCCGUUAUGAUUUUACGACGACCAAAAAUUUGCCGAAUCUGUCGCGCACCGGACAAUGAUGAUCUAAUCUCAGUGCAGUUGGUACAGGAAAACGUUAGCAUAUCUCGGAUGGUCCACGAUUUGUCUGGAGUUGAGGUGACGGCCGACAAAAAUUUGCCACAAAAUGUUUGUCUUACGUGCCUUGAACGUUUGCGAAAUGCUUAUCAACUGCGACUACAGUGUAUUAGUUCUGAUGAGAGGUUGCGUAAAGAACUGUAUGCCAGUGCCGUUGACCAUAAAAUAGAAUCAGAAGCCAUGGUAAAGUUAGAAAUAGAGACAUUGAAUCUAGAGCUAGAGCAGAACGAUGAAAAUCACGAAGCUGACGAACAACAUUUAACGGAAAGGCUUAAUACAACGGAGCUGCUGGAAACAAGCGAUGUAAGCCUAUCUCUAGACGAGUUGAAGGAUCAUUUUCCUGACACUCAUAGUAUUCCUGCUCAAGAACUCAUUGCGAUAUUGGCUCCAGACGAGGACGAAUAUAGAAAGAAACCUGGUUCCAUGUAUUUGAAACAUUACGACGAAUCAGAUUACGAAGUUGUACAGCAGAAUGACCACUACGAGCAGGUUAAAUUCAUCGUUGCUCGCUGUUGCGGUUGCUCGGAACGUUUCUCGAACAAAAUUGACUUGCUUGCGCAUGGUCAUUUGAUUCAUAAACCUAAACAAAAUAGUAAAACUGAUACAAUUUUUGAGUGUCCCGUGUGUUUUCGGCAGUUUAAUACAGAGGAUGCCAUUUUGCAGCAUCGGCAUUGUAUCGAUACUAACCACUAUCAUUGUCGAGAAUGUGACAUACUGCUAAAUGAUCGAGAGUGUAUGCUUGGUCAUUUGGAGCGCGCUCAUUCAAUUGAAGUUAGGACCGAGGAUAAUGAACAACUGAUAUGCUCUGAGGAUAGCGAACAAGAAGAUGAUGGAUGUGAGCCUAUUUCAACGUUAGCUUCGCUAACCACUAAACAAUACAAAUUGAUACCUACUGAACAUGAAUAUGACUUGGUGGAAUUUACCUGGUUGCUUUGCUGCGGUUGUGGCAGCUUUUUCGAAAAACGGGAAGAAUUCGAACAACACUCAAGAGAUACACAUGCCCUAGAACGAAUCGAACAGCACGAAACGUUCCCGUUCGAGUGUAGCAUUUGCUAUCAACGCUUUAGGAACCAGGCCUCUCUAACGUAUCACAGCAAUGCUCCCAACAAACGGAGAAUAGCCUGUCGAAUCUGUGAAGGUAUAUUCAAGGGUGAAAGUUCCUACGGGAAGCAUUUGAUUAGCUAUCAUGGAAUGGUCAUUGAUCACAAGCAAGCAGGCAAUGAAUCUGUGUUGGAAGACAAUAUGGGUAUGGAUUUUGAAGUUCAAGAAAUAGAGGAAAUUAAAGAGGAAAUAGGUAUUGAAAUUAUCCCAGAGGAGAAUCCGAAUGAAGAUGAAGGCAUGCAAAAUGUAGAAUUUAUUUUGGAUUUUUCCGAAGAUGAUUUAGACUCAGAUGAAGAGUAUCUAGAGGAUUCCAAAAAUGUUCAACCAAAACCUAGAAAAUUUAACAAAUAUUUACCAACCAGGCAACGCAAGGAGAUGGGUCGCGUGCCAGGAAAUUUACUUCGCAUUAUCGAGGAGCUUGAUGGAUACAAUAUUGUUGAACUCUUGAAAAAGCGAUGCUGUCGCUGCUUAGCGUUUUUUAACUCACUAGACGAAUUGAACGAACACACCGAGGAGCACAGGCAACAAUCACUAAUGGAAAGCCAAAGUUUGGACAAACCAAUCAAAUACCAGUGCGAGUUUUGUUUGAAAACUUUUGAUAUCGCCCUGGUAUACGUGGUUCACAAGAGAAUUCGUGAACAGAAGCAAUUUUACCAAUGUAAAUUGUGUGAUUUUGUGAUUGAUUCCGAGUCUCGACUCAAAAAUCACAUGUUGCACAAUGAUCAGCAUGCGAAAUUUUUCAAUCUGUUUCGAGAAGACGUUAGUGAUAGAUACGAUGCUGUACAAUUACCUGGUGUACGCUGUUGUGGCUGCGGUCAUUAUUUUGACAAUGAGGCAGCUCUAGAGGAACAUUCCAGUUCGGUACAUCCAAGAGAUAGCAAGAAGGACGCCCUGAAACGAACGUACACCUGUAUGGUGUGUGACAAGCGCUGCUACAAUAAGUCCGAAGUUGAAGCUCAUCAGCUGAAGAACGGAUCUACUGUUCGCUAUUACUGCAAACUGUGCGACUUCGAGACGCCUAGUGAAGCUAGAAUGUUAAAGCAUUUAUACAGUUCAAUACACAAUCAGGCGCUGCCAUCGAUCGAGGUAAAAAAUGUUGAAGUUGGCUUCCAAAAGGCUGGACCGCUUCGUUACUGUUGCUUUGAGGGUUGCAGUUUGCCGUUUAACGACACUAACAAACUGCAAGAGCAUGUCGAUUCUAUACAUGGAGGUGAGAAAGAAGCGAAUAUCGCAGCAAAUGGCAUCCGGGACAAUGGUAAACUACAGUGUGAUAUUUGCUUUCGUGUGUUUCGAACAGUAACUUUACUAAAGCAACAUCAGUUAUUUAAUCAGCGUGUGCCUAAGAGCUAUGUUUGUUCUGUAUGUGGUGUAGCUAAGCAAAACAAAACAGCUCUUACGGCGCACGAGAUGAGUCAUACCGGUGAAAGACCUUACGCAUGUACAGUGUGUGACAAGCGAUUUGCCUCUCAAACAAUUUUAACCUCCCACAUGAAAUGCCAUGUCCCGAAGCAGUACCAGUGUACAGAGUGCGGCGAAAAGUUUGCCCGCGGGGAGAAUCUCAAGCGUCACAUACGCCAUCUCCAUUCCGAGGCUGCUUACUGUUGCACUUACUGUCCGCGCAAGCUUAAAACACGUGAGGCACAGGUCCUUCACGAAAGAUCACACACGGGUGAGAAACCGUUUGAGUGUCGCACUGAGGGAUGUGAUAAGCGGUAUGCUAGUAUCACCGACCGGAGGCGACAUGAAAUGGCCAGCCACACGGGUGAACGGCCUCACAAGUGUUCCUACUGUUUGGCAUCAUUCGUGCGGAAGCGUCAGCUGACUAUUCACGAGCGAAAGCACACCGGGGAGCGACCGUUUGUUUGUAAUAGCUGCGGGAAAGCUUUCAUAGAUGCACCGCUUCUGAAGAAGCAUGCCUGCGGUGCAGGUCGGUGAAUGUGUUCAGUUUAACUUUGCUUAUAAGUUUUUGUACAGUUUGGUCAAUAAAUCAAAAAAUGUA